AUGAUAAUUAAUUUGCUUUUCACAACCUUCAAAACGCCUCCCCCUUUCGUGUAUUCAUCUUCUUUUCAGAAAAAACACCCAAAAUGUAUUUAUCUAUCGAAAAGAAAGAAUUUUAUUCAAUUUUUCUUUACUUUUAAAAUCUACGGAGAUGGGCCUGAAUUAUCUAUCUAUCUAUCUAUCUAUCUAUCUAUCUAUCUAUCUAUCUAUCUAUCUAUCUAUCCCAGUCUCUUAAUAUUAUCACUCCGUUUCUAUCUAUCUAUCUAUCUAUCUAUCUAUCUAUCUAUCUAUCUAUCUAUCUAUCUAUCUAUCUAUCCCAGUCUCUUAAUAUUGAUCACUCCGAUUCUAUCUAUCUAUCUAUCUAUCCCAUCUAUCUAUCUAUCUAUUAGUUCUAAAGAUCUCUUAAAUUAUCAAUCCGUUUCUAUCUAUCUAUCUAUCUAUCUAUCUAUCUAUCUAUCUAUCUAUGCCAAAUCUCUUAAUAUUAUCACUCCGUUUGUAUCUAUCUAUCUAUCUAUCUAUCUAUCUAUCUUUCUAUCUAUCUAUCUAUCUAUCUAUCUAUCUAUCUAUCUAUCUAUCUAUCUAUCUAAGGCAUUCCAGUCCAUAUACGUUAAAGUUUUGCCCAUAUAA